AUGAAGGCCACGGUUAUUGGUGCUGCUGGUGGUAUUGGCCAGCCCCUGUCGCUGCUGCUCAAGCAGUCGAAGUAUGUGAGCGAGCUCUCGCUGUACGAUGUAGUGAACACGAUCGGUGUGGCCACCGACCUGUCGCACAUCAACUCGGCGGCCCCCGUGACCGGCUUCCUGCCCGAGAACGACGGCAUGGCCAAGGCCCUCCAGGGCACCGAGCUCGUGAUCAUCCCCGCCGGCAUGCCGCGCAAGCCGGGCAUGACGCGUGACGACCUGUUCAACGCGAACGCGUCGAUCGUGUACGGCAUCGCGGAGGCCAUCGCGAAGAACGCCCCCAAGGCGUUUGUGCUCGUCAUCUCGAACCCCGUCAACUCGAUGGUCCCCAUCUUUGCCGAGGUGUUCAAGGCGCACAACACGUACGACCCCAAGCGCCUGUUCGGUGUCACGACGCUCGACGUCGUGCGUGCGUCGACCUUUGUCGCCGAGGCCGAGGGCCGCCCCGCCGAGGCGCCCCACUUCCACAUCCCCGUCGUGGGCGGCCACUCGGGCACGACCAUCAUCCCGCUGCUCUCGCAGAGCGAGCCCAAGUUCAACGGCGACCAGAAGACCAUCGAGGAGGUCACGCACCACAUCCAGUUCGGUGGUGACGACGUCGUCAAGGCCAAGAACAACGCCGGUAGCGCGACGCUCUCGAUGGCCUUUGCGGGCGCGCGCUUCGCCGAGGCCGUCCUGGCCGCCGCGCAGGGCCAGUCGCUCGAGCGCCCGCAGUACAGCUACAUCGACCUCGCGGCGGACGCCAAGGGCGCCGAGCAGAUCAAGAGCGUGAUCGGCAACGACACCGCCUUCUUCAGCGUGCCGAUCACCCUCGGCCGCGACGGUGUCACGGCCAUCCAGCCCCUCGGCCAGCUCUCCGAGUUCGAGCAGAAGAUCAUCAAGGAGGGCAUCGAGGCGCUCAACGGCAACAUUGCCAAGGGCGUGUCGUUCAAGCCCACCAAGCUCUAA